CCGUGGUCGGAGCUGUGGCAAACAUGGCGGCCGAGCGUAAAACCAAGUUGUCCAAGAAUCUACUGCGCAUGAAGUUCAUGCAAAGGGGCCUGGAUUCAGAGACCAAGAAGCAACUAGAAGAACAAGAAAAGAAGAUUAUUAGUGAAGAGCACUGGUACUUGGAUUUGCCAGAGCUUAAGGAAAAAGAGAGUUUCAUAAUAGAAGAGCAGAGUUUCAUGUUGUGUGAAGAUCUUCUCUAUGGAAGGAUGUCAUUCAGAGGAUUUAAUCCUGAAGUUGAGAAAUUAAUGCUUCAGAUGAAUGCUAAGAACAAAGCAGAAGAAGAUGAAGAAGAUGAAACAGUAGAACUUGAUGUGUCAGAUGAAGAAAUGGCAAGAAGAUAUGAGACCUUGGUGGGGACAAUUGGGAAAAAGUUUGCCAAGAAGAGGGACCGUGCCAAGUAUGAGGAAGAUGAAAAUAGAAACAUAAAGCCCAUGAAAGUGAAGAAGAUGUUCUUAAAGCCCCAAGAUUAAAAAUGAGUGCCUGAAAACUGGACUGUAGAUGCCUAUGAACACAGCAGCAUUUGGAACUCAUCAUGAUGGUGUGUCUGUAGUGGUUCAUGCUCUCAUGUUUAUUUGUAAAGAAUAAACAUAGGAGUAUUAAUUAUAAAUAAUUUAGGAAACAUGCUGUCUUGAGACAGAUGUGUAAUGGAUGUUGUACAUCCUUUUUUAGUGGCAUUCUUCACAAAUGGGAUCUUAGUCCCUUCUCUUCAAAUGUGUGAGGCACAGAAGCUUCCCAAAACAAAUUUACCUAACUUAUUUAUAUGUACAUAUUGUUCUCCAGUUACUGAUUGGAAUUACUUGAAUUGACUGCUGAAAUUUAAUGCCAUUGUUUCACUUCACUCUAUAUUUAUAUUUUAUUUUAAAUUAUAAAUGUCAAGCCAGGUGACACAUUUAACUUGGAUCAAAUGUUAUGAGAAUUUGUCAUAUAUAUAUUCACCAAGACAAACAUGCCUCUCCACCCUGAA